UAAAAAAUUUUCAACAUAGAUAUUGGGUUAUGAAAGAAACUCCAGAUGAAAUGAACACAAAGUUUAGGUUUGUACUUUUUAUCCUUCUUUUCUUAGAUCUGCAAAACUCCGACGCGGCUAUGAUAUUUCUGUUAAUUUUACAGAGGUGGAUGGUUUGACAGUGGUAGAUCUGUGGUGGUAGCAACGUGUUUCCGGCGGCGAGUGUGGUGGUGAUAAGAUUUUAAAUGGUUUUUGUGUGACUUUUUCAAUUUAGGUUUUGUUAAUAAUGCAUUUUUUCCAUAAACCCUAAUUUUGAAAAUGAUAUAGCUAUUGCUUUCAGGUUGGUUAUCCUUAGUAUACUUUUGAAUGAUUUAGCUGUAUAGAAUGUGUGUAUUGGAUUUCCCUAAUCAUGUUAGUGCUAUUUGAAUUUGGUCUUCCAUUGUUUUCCCUAACUAUUGCUUUCUGAUUGAUUAUUCAUAGUAUGCUUUUGAAUGAUUUUGUUGUAAUAGAGUAAAUUGGUUGUAUUCGAAUUCCUUAAUCAUGUUAGUGCGACACUGUAGAUAAAUGGUAUACUAUAGUGACAUGCUAUGAUUUUUGUUUGAAUUCAUUUUCAGUGACCUUAUAGUUUUGGCAGUAAUAUUUUGAGUUGUUGUAAACAUAUUUUCCACUUGGGUGUGAAAACAUGUUCAAAUACUUCUGGUGCUAAAUCAUCUUUUGAAACUAAUGCUCAGGUACUCAUCUAGCAAAAAAAAGUCAUUUGUAUAUGUAAUAUAAUAUUUAAUAUGAAUGAAUAAACUAAUCUAUUUAAACAUGGUUGUUUAAUCUUACGUGAAAUAUGCUACAAUAAGAAACUAGCAAAAACUCAGAUCAAUUUCAAAGUUUGGUCCACAAGUUUUGUAUGGUGGAAGAAUUGGCAUUAAGUUAGUUAAAAAUGUUCAAAAAGCCGGAGGGAUAUUGACUAUAAAAGAUCUCAAAACUUACACUGCUAAACAAAAGGAACCUAUAUCUAUAGAUUUUCUUGGAUUAAAGAUCCUUGGCAUGCCUCCUCCUUCUGGUGGACCUCCUUUGAUGCUGGUAAGUCUAUUUGUUAUGUUCUUUGUGGUGAUGAAAAAGGGCUUCGCCAAUACAAUUUUUCUGUUACUACAACUGCUGAACAUUCUAGCACAAUAUGAAUUUCCUUCGGGACUUUCUGGUGCAUUGGGGAUCCAUAGAGAAAUCGAGGCUUUGAAACAUGUAUUUGUUGUUAGAAUGAAUCUUGGCGAUCCUGAUUUUGUAAACAUAACUAAAGUUCUUUCUGAUAUGCUUUCUACUAAGUUCGCCCGAGUGCUGAGAAUAGACAUCAAUGAUAAUAGGACUUAUAGUUCCAGUCAUUAUGGUGGCAAGUGGAAUCAGAUAAAGGAUCAUGGUACAAGCCAUUUAAGCAUAAUAAACUCUGAGAGAAAUGCUGUUUCCAUGUCUGCUACCGUAAAUGAGUAUUUUGGUGCAAAGAUUCUUUCACCAAGUACAGGAAUAGUGUUAAACAAUGAGAUGAAUGAUUUUUUCAUGCCUGUGAAUGCUUCCAAAGAUGUUCCAGCACCAGCUCCUGCCAAUUUCAUCGCGCCGGGGAAGCGACCAUUAUCAUCUAUGACGCCAAUUAUUGCCCUCAAGGAUGGGAAAGUGAAAGCAGUAGUAGGUGCAAGUGGGGGAAUUAGGAUCAUUGCUGCAACUUCAGAGGUUCUUUUAAAUCAUUUUGUCAAAGGAAUGGAUCCGUUUUCUUCUGUAACAGCUCCAAGGGUCUAUUAUCAGCUGAUACCUAAUGUGGUUGAUUACGAGAAUUGGACAACUGUGAAUGGCGACCACUUUAAACUUUCUGAUAAUAUCAGAGCAUCCCUUAGACGAAAGGGCCAUGUCCUACAGGGACUUGUCGGUGGGACAAUAUGCCAACUUAUAGUUUCAGACAUUUCUGAGCAUCCAGGAAGAAACAAAGAAAGGGGGUGGUAUUUUCACGUUGGUAGCUCAAUUAAGGAUCGGAAUGCCGAUUAAUUCUGCUCUUAAGACAACCUUACAUGAGUGUCUUGGAUGGAGAAUACCAUUAACACAAUCAGAAGAGGAGUUUUCUUCUGUACUUUCAAAUGAACAUUGGAGGUAAAUUAUAGUGUGUAAAGCAAAUUUAUUUUCUGACUAGGACAGAGGUUUCAGGUUUUGUUACCAAGCUCCAAAAAGCACUUUGAUGUGUGAUUGGAGUUUGAAGAAAUGACGGUUGGCUUGAUGUGUAAUUGCAAAUUGUAUGUUUAUGUUUAGUAAAAGUCUUCAUCUCAUAUUUUUACUGAUGUAUAUGAUACUAGAAGGGUUAAUAGAAGGCUUAGAUUAUUAGAUAUAUAAG